AUGACACGUGUCGAUGGUUUUAAUUCUCACCGUUGGAUUAUAUUCUUCCACGUGGCAUUCAUCGUACAGAGCAAAGUCAAUGCACAAUCGGGUCAAGCUCCGUCGCCGAAGACCUCCGCCUUCGCCGUUCUCAUCACCGUCUUCUUCUUGAUCGGCUUACUCUCCGUCUGUAUCCGCCACUGCUCUCGCUCUAAUCCCAGAUCCUCCACCAGAUACUACCGUCACCAUCGAGCUCACGGCGACUGUUCACGGCGAGGCGGACUCGACGACGCCGUCGUCGAGAGCUUCCCUGUUUUCUCUUACUCCUCCGUAAAGGAAUCGAAGAUCGGAUCCGGCGAUUUGGAAUGUGCGAUUUGUCUCAACGAAUUGGAAGAUCGAGAAACAGUUCGGUUGCUUCCGAUCUGUAACCAUCUCUUCCACAUCGAUUGCAUCGACGCUUGGCUUUAUUCACACGCGACUUGCCCUGUUUGCAGAUCAGAUCUCACGGCGAAAUGCGAGGAAAAUGAUACAGAGACUCGAUCUCCGAUUAGAGAUCAAGUCGCGAUUGACAUUAGUACGGAGGAUUCGGAGAAAAGCCACCACCGUGUACGGCUGGGUUUUGAAAUCGCCGGUAAGUUUCCACGGUCGAACUCGACUGGUCAUUCGAUUGGUCGAUUCGGUGAUUGUACGGAGAGGUUUACUCUCCGGUUGCCGGACGAUGUGAAGAGAAGAAUCAUGGCGGCGAAAGGACGGAGGCUGAAACGAGCGAGAAGCUUCGACGGUGUUUUGACGGCGGAAGGAAGAGGCGAAGAAAGCAGUUACACAGUCGGGUCGGGUGAGAAAUCGGAUCGGGUCAAAUGGGUGGAUCGGUUGGGUUUGUUUGUUACAAAGUCAAACUCAGGUUCCGUUAGAUCACAGAAAUCUAACGGCGAACCGUUAAAGUGGUGA